UUUUUUAUAUGGGCCACGGGUUGAACCUAAAACCCGCUUAAAACCCUCCAUCACUACGUCUGCGCAGAUUGACAGGGUUGGUUGAAGGAACGAAAUGAUGUUAAAACGGGGAAAACCUUCCGUCUUAACUAUCGCUGAGAAAUGCAAGAAUGUAUUGGCUUCCAAUUGGCAGGGUAAGCUCAAUACCAUCAAAGCCGAUUCAAAUGAUAGCAAAGAGGAGAUCUACACUUCAAGAGUGAAGUAUAUUGUGCAGAAAGGAAAGCCCUAUAUUUGGGUACCUGAGAAGGAGUUGCAUAAUGUGAAUACUAUUAUUGAUGAACGUGGCUCUUUUGCUGUGAGCAGCCCCAUUCCAGGGCCACUUGCGAGUAUACUGAAAUCAGUUAAAAAGCUACCAGCCAGGGUUGCGCUAAUUGGUGAUUCUAUCCUCCUUGAAGAUGAAAAGGCUAAGUUAGCAGCUGAAAGCCUUAAGGAAACCCUGCUAGCGGACCAGAAGGCUGUUGAGGAAUUAAACUAUUCUGUUUCUGGAAUAUUGAACUCAUCCCAUCUUGGUUCUACUUCCCGAGUUGCAAACCUUCAGGAAUUACUCCAAGGCGAUACACAAUACAAUCUGUACAAAUUCAAGGUAAGGUCGUGCACGUAUAUUGACACCAAUGCGAUAGUUCAUGAAGUAAAUCUUAAAGAUGUUGAAAAUUCGAAAGCAGAUCGUUUAGCUCAAUUUUCAAUGAGCCUAAUUGAUGGAAUCAAUCGAAGUGAAACAAGGCGUCAAGCUCUUAUUCUUUUCUGCAUCACUUUCCUAAAUGAAAACGCAAAGGACGCGUUUAUUCUAUCAGUAGAUAUGAAGGGUUUUGACGUGCUUGCCAAAGUUCUUGGUUCAGUCAAGGGUGACGGGUCUCGUGAAUAUCAGUGGAAGGAGUUGAGAUUCGCAUUCAAAGACGAGGCAUCUGAUGCUGAGACAUUCUGCCAGCGGCUGCUUGAAAUGGAAGAGGAAGCCCUGAAGAAAAUCUCAAGUGUCACUGGUUUAUGAAUAUAAUUGAUCUGAAAUGAAAGUAGUAGAAAAAAGGAGUGAUGAUUUUGCUCAUUUCACCACCCAGUAUUGAACCCAAUCCUGAAGAUGGGUUUCUUGGCGGUUGAGACGUGUAUAUUUGUAUCACUGUUGAAUUUGCACCAGUUUUUUUUUCCUGCACUUUUCAGGCAGCAUUAUGUAAUGUGUUAUUGUUAUUUAGAAAUGAAUCCUUUUUCUUUAAGUAAAAUAUGCAAUGAAAGUCAUUAUAUUGCUCCA